AUGGACCAGUACCAGUACAGCCGAGGGCCCAACGGCCGCGACGCGGUUGAUGCACCCGGUCAUGUCGAUUCCCUCGGCCCCGACUCCGGUCGACAACCAGACGACCAUGCAGUUCGUCACGGCCUGCUGAGUGACCUAUCUGAUGGUCAUGAUGUCAAAACCAGACAGGAGGACGACGUUGUUGUUACUCAACGAGCGACUUGGCGUCCGAAAUGGCUUCGAACACCUCUACUUUCAGCCUUCCUCGCCUUUUUUAUUUUGUGCGUUGCCAGCCUUCCUGCAAUGUAUGUCUAUUCUCGAGAUCACAACGGUCUCGUACAAACUCGGCAAAACCUUGUAUAUCUGUGGCGUUUUGGCCCGACAGCGAUUAUUACAAUUUGUUCCAUCUUCUGGUCAAGGGUUGAAUACCAAGCACUCCGUUACAUGCCCUGGAUCGCCCACCACCGCAAGCAGUCACUUGAAGAUGAAAAGAAUGGAUAUACCCUCGACUAUACGGCCAUGCUAAUGCCAGUUGUCGUAUAUCAAUCUUUGCGAAGGAAGCACUUUCUUGUAUUCCUCGUGACCCUUGCAUCGAUUCUAUUGAGGGUUCUGAUCGUUCUCGCCCCAAGUUUGUACAGCCUGGCAAACAUCGAGGUCCCUCGGUCUGUCGACAUACAACUUCUUGACUCCUUCAACACGACUGAUCGGCCAGUUGAUGAGUUAACUGACGUGCCUGGGUUGGUUCGUUCAUUCUAUCUCUCACUAGCGCUUCGAAAUUUCGAACUUCAACGCCCUUUCGGCCUCGGCACAGACGUGGCGUAUCAGACCUUCACGUCUCGAAAUGGAACCGCGAGGGGGACAGUGAGCGCGCCUCUGACGGCGGUCGUUGACGGCAUUUUCGCUGAUACGCAUUGCUCGAAACUCGAAUCCUGGACCGCGUCACCUUUCAGGCUGGAAGACCCACAGCCGAAUAAUUACUACUACUUUUAUGAAGCUGAUGCCAGCCUCCAAUUUGAAGGCUGUGAUACCCCAGUCGACCUGGGAGAGAUCAAAGUCUCACUAAAGAAGGACAAUAAGACGAUUACAGAUGAAUGGCUCCCAAUAAGGCAACUAGAUUUCGGAUGGCUGCAGACCAGGCCUUGCCCAAACCUGCCACAGCAGGGUGAUCAGUGGGUGUACUAUACGGCUAGAGCCAAACCUCAGUCAAACGCUGCUCGAGCACCGUCCCUCAUUGACGUCGCGGCUGUUGUCUGCACGUCAACAUCUUGGGUGUCAAAACUGCGGGUGGCCGAUGAUGGCAUCAAUGUAAACACCACGCUGGUACCCGGAGAAGCCAAGAGACCUUUUACUGCAUCCUUCUGGGAUGAUAUAUUACUCAGUGGAGAAUCAAACAGAAUGACCGGGGCAAUAAACAACAAAGUAGUUGAGACAGCCUCUUGGUUACAGAGAGAUUGGUCCGGCCCGAUCGCACUGCCGGGCAACCAGACGUUGACCCAAUAUUCAACCGACAUUAUGUACGAUUCCAUCAUGAACAUCUCUCGCGUUCUGCUCCCAUCGAUUGGUCACCAUGUUCUCCGACAAGCAAACGACAACGCAACUUCUACUGAUGGGUUUACAAUCAUUGGUAUCGAUAAGCUCGUGGUGAACCAGUGGGUUUGCAUUGCUAUGGCGGCACUGUUUGGCUUGCUCGCCUGCAUAGUGUUGGCGAUCAUCAUCCAACGUGGCAAGGUCAACGUCUGGUGUAGGAACCCCACGACCGUCCUUGGACAUGCGAUGUUCUUGCAAAGCAACCAAGAGUUCUCGAGUCGACUGGGUCAAUCCGUGCCUGAUGAAAAGACAACAAAUUGGGGAGAGAACGACUUUACUCCAUUGGUUCUCAGGACAUGGGUCAGAACGUCAUUUGUUAUUCUCGUCCUAUUGAUCACGGCCGUUUUAAUAUGGGCGUUGCAGUACUCGCAGUUGAACAACGGACUAAUCACGGUACCCAAAGACGGUUAUGUCCAUUUAGUAUGGACAUCACUACCCACAAUCAUCAUGCUCAGUGUUGCGCUAUACGUCAGUUCUUGCGACUAUGUAUCCAGGACGCUGGCAACGUUAUAUAGCUUGUCAUCGAGAUCAUGUGGCGCGCCAGAGCUUGACAUGUCGUACGCAGACAUGCUGGGAUUCAAAGCCUUGGCCCAUUCCAUCCAGAAACGGAUUUGGAAUGUUACAAUUGCACAAUUUCUUGCAAUCAUUUGUGGAUUCCUGACAACCUUGACAUCUGUCUUAUAUGUCACCGAGGCUGUCCCGGAGCCAAAGGCUACAGAAUUUCGACAAGAGACAUGGUUCGGAUCGCGAGUGCUCGAAGAUUUCCAAAGCACAAAUAUUUCUCGAAGCAACCGGGAGAUAAUCGGCAGUCUACUCAUACGUCAAAAGACUGAUGCCAUCACCUAUCCUCUAAAUACAUACGAUGACCUCCUUUUUCCAGUUCUCGAAAACAUGGGCGACCUGGAGCUAUCCCGUAAUCUUUCGGUGGAAGUUACAGUGCCGGCCGCCAAGUUGCAACCUACGUGCCACAGACUACCUUCUACAAGUUACAACGCCUCCUGCCAGUCUUUCGGCUGUACAAUUGUGGAAACUUUCAAGUGUCCGAAUGGCUCCCAAGCUGAAUACCGCCAAUUCCCCAAAGCCGUAAAGGACAACAGGAUGAAUCUCACGGACGCUAAGGAAUAUAUUUUUGAGGCGUAUGGAUCUUCAAGCAACUUAUACUCCAUGAACCUCCCUUGUAAGCUGGGUCUCAACGGCACCGACUUCGACCAUUCGACAUGGAGGUCUAUGACAUAUGCAUGGGGAAGCCUCGCCAAGAACAAGGGAUUCGACUAUCUCGCUAUGUGGAGCUGCAAUUACACCUGGGUGGAAGUUGACACCAAAGUGAACCUCAUAGCUUCUGAAGGAAACCUCGUCUUGAACCCGGAAAAGCCGCCGGUACCGGACUUGGCUACUGCCAGACCCUGGUCUCGUCCUUUCGACGUCCCGCCCAUUUCGAAUGCGUUCAGCGGCCAACCAUUUGGUAGUCCGUACCCCUUGACUCCUGGAGCGGAUGGCGUCGGCACAGACUACCUUUCCCGAGAGCUUACGACACUGCUAAAACCAUACGGCCAGUUCGAUUUGAAGGCAUUCGGGGAUCCGGAACAAGAAGACGAUGUCCUGGCGGCGCUUACUUACAACUUCGCCUUCAUCGGAUCUCAACUCGCCAACAUAGAAAAUCGCCUGGGCAAAGACAAAGAUGACAUGUACCACUUCUCCCCGCAGAACAGCCUUUCAAACCUCAACGCAAUCGCCGCUAAUAAUGACCGGUACCGCCUUGUUCAAACCUCAACAGUCACUUACAUAAUUGUCGGUAUCCUUGUAGCAGUGGCCAUCGUCAACAUUCUAGUGCUGCUUUCCGUUGCGUUGCGGCGCUUUGUGGGACGGCCCAUCCUAUUUGACAUGGAUAUUAAAGGACUGGCGCCCGAUGGUUUCCAGAGCAUAGCAGCCAUGAACGAUUUACUGAAAGACUCGAACAUCUUCAAGUAUCUACCCGACGGUGUGUUGCUUUUGUCUUCGAAGGAGCUUUAUGGCAGACUGUCUGAUCUUAACUUCCGAAUGGGUUGGUUCAGUCGCACUUCUGACAUGGACAAAGUCUUCACUGUUGGUGUGGAAGGGGACGAUGACUUUGUUUACAUGGGAAGUAAGGCAAAUAGUAAGAAGAAUACCGACGUGGAAAUGAUAACAAGUGAAGAUAACUCGAAGGCCGGGGUUCAAACGAGAAUUUAUGCUGGGAAUAACGAUAGAGUUGAUGGAGACACGGAUAUGUCACGAUGA